UCUCACUGCGGCCAAUACUCAUGAGUCUGACGUCUUACGAUACUUUCCAAGCACGGCUCUUGGAUUGCAUCUGAACGCAUCCCCAAAUCGACUAGAUUUCACGAACGCAAUUCUGGCCGUACAUCUGUAAGAGAUAGGAUUGACAUUUGAAGAAAGAGCGAGUUUUAGAGAGAGAAAGUGCUUUCUAGAGAGAGAAACGCAGAGGGAGAAGAGGGGUGAAGAUUGGAUCGAAACGAAAAAGGUAACAAGCUCGAAGCCCUACUGUGUUUUGCCUUGGAAUUCCAAAUUUUUCUGUAGCUUUUGUAUAUAUUGAUUGUACAUAUUGGUAGUUCUGUGUCGAUCUGUGGUGGUAGAGGUUAAGAUUUAGUGAAUUGAGGAGGAUUCGAGAGAGGGGUUUUAUCUGUAUAGGGUUGGUUUGUGGAAAGGAACCCCCUAUUUGAUUUUUUAUUCUUGGUGAAGUCAGGAAUUUUAGGGUUUUGGUGGAGAGACAAAAGUCCUAAAAGAUUUGGUUUUGAGUGAAAGGAAAACACAGGGGAUUAGGGUUUUCCUGGGUGUACAUGUAUGGCGUCGGGGACUAUAGUUGGAGAAGGAACUGAAGUCAAUAAAGAGAAGCAGCGCUACACGGAGAGCAAGGUGUACACGAGGAAAGCCUUUAAAGGUCCCAAGAAGAACAACACCGCUGUCCCGACCACUACCACCGACACGAACGCUGACAACAACACCAGUUUCGCUGCCAAUACUGCAAACGACAACGAGGACAACAAUAACAUCAGCAGUAAAGAUGGUGGCGUCGACAAUGACAACAAUAACAUCAACAGUAAAGAUGGUGGCGUCGACAAUGACGGGAAGAAGAAGAAUGACUCAAUUCAAGAUCUUCCGCAAGUCGUACCCACUAAAGAAGUGGAUUCCUCCCUACAGCAGGUUGUUUCACGUCUAGAUGUGGCGUUGGAUGACACUUCGAGUCUUAACAGGCAGCAAGAGGUGGAACCUGUCGUGUGUGAACAGCUUUCAGGGAAUGGGGCCAUGAAGGAGGGCUCAGACGAUCGAUGGAAAGUUAAUGUGCCUUCAUUGUCCAAGAAUGAGGUGCGGGAGUUGAGGAUGAAGCUGGAGGGUGAGUUGGACGUGGUGAGGAGUUUGGCAAAGAAGGUUGAAGAGAAAAAGGGGCCUAUUGGUGGUGGUGUUUCUGUCAGUGGGGGUAGCGGCGGGGGUGUGGUUAGUCAUUCACGAGUGCCUUUGAAUUUUGGGUUCAAUCAUGCGGUGAAGAGGGUUCAUUCUGAGGUCGCCUCAGCUGGAGUUCCAGUUGAGGGUGUUACUCCUAGGCAGUCUAGGUCCUUGAAUCAAUUGAGUAUACCGACAUCAGAGAAUAGUCAGGGUGCAGUUGAACAUGUGGAGAAAGAGAAAAGGACUCCAAAGGCUAAUCAGUUCUAUAGGAAUUCAGAGUUUUUGCUUGCAAAAGAUAAGUUUCCUACAGCUGAGAGCAACAAAAGGGCAAAAUUGAAUGGGAAAAAACAGGGAGGAGGGGAAGUGGGACACGGGUUUAGGCCAGGUAGUAAGGUUUUUAAGAGUUGUAGUGCUUUGCUUGAGAGAUUGAUGAAGCAUAAGCAUGGUUGGGUGUUUAAUACGCCUGUUGAUGUGAACUCUCUGGGUUUACAUGACUAUUUUACUAUUAUUAAGUAUCCGAUGGACUUGGGCACUGUGAAGUCCAAGCUGAAUAAGAACUGGUAUAAGUCACCAAGAGAAUUUGCAGAAGAUGUAAGGCUUACAUUUAGUAAUGCAAUGACUUAUAACCCAAAAGGGCAAGAUGUCCACAUAAUGGCAGAGCAACUAUCGAAGAUAUUUGAGGAGAAAUGGGCUGUUAUAGAGUCAGAUUAUAUUCGUGAGAUGAGGCUGCUCAGUGUUGAUUAUGCAAUGGGAAUUCAUACACCAACUUCAAGAAAGGCCCCUCCGUUUCGGCCACCUCCACUUGAUAUGAGGAGGAUUUUGAAUAGAUCAGAAUCAAUGACAUAUCCUCCUCCCCUUCCUUCGGUUAGGACCCCUGCUCUGAAGAAGCCAAAGGCAAAGGAUCCACAUAAGAGGGAUAUGACAUAUGAGGAGAAGCAGAAGCUUAGCACAAACCUUCAGAGUUUACCAUCAGAGAAGCUGGACAACAUUGUUCAGAUCAUUAAGAAGCGGAAUUCAACACUAUUUCAACAUGAUGAUGAAAUUGAAGUGGAUAUUGAUAGUGUUGACGCUGAGACUCUCUGGGAACUUGACCGGUUUGUAACUAACUACAAAAAGAGUUUGAGCAAGCACAAGAGAAGGGCUGAACUUGCCAUGCAAGCAAGAGCAGAGGCUGAGCUGAAUGUCCAACAACAACUCCCAGCACCAGCUGUGGCAGAGGCACCAAAAGAAAUGGAAAUAGCAGAUGGAAGAAAUGGCUCCUCCUCCUUACCUGUUCAAGGGGGAAAAGGGGGGGACGAUGCCAGUAGGUCAAGUAGUUCAAGCAGCUCUAGCAGUGAUUCUGGAUCUUCUUCUAGUGACUCUGAUAGUGACAGCUCCUCAGCAUCUGAGUCUGAUGUAGGGCAUUCACCUAGGACUUGACUUAUUCUGUCCAGGACCCCAGGCUGUUCAGAAAGAAAGACCAGAUUGGAAUUCUACGAGAUGGUGAUUUUGGUCUUCGUAGUUCAGAAUUUGGAAAAGCUAUCAAUGCCGCCAAGCCUUCUUGCCACUGCAGAGUGGGGGGUCUUUUGUUGUUCUAUCAGCUGAAUCGGUCCCUGAACGUCUACAUGUUGCUUAUUCGCCUAGUUAGAGAUUUGUAUAAUAUCUGGUAGAAUAUGGAGAUGGUGAUUAGAUAUUUAUGCGUAGCACAUGUAGAUGGCUAACUUCUGCUACACACACUAGUCUCAGCCUGACUUUGUUUUCGAUUGCGUGGUGUUAGAUUCAGGAAUUUUUUUUUGGGUGUAUUAUAGACAAGCAAGCUAGUCUGUAGUCCAAGUUCAUGAAGUCAUAAUUCACUCCCUAAAGGGUUCUUCCUUGGCAUUCGCUUGGCUUGUUC